GGACCUCGUGUUCAUACUUGCAGCUAUGCCGUCCAAGGGUCCGCUGCAGUCCGUGCAAGUCUUCGGACACAAGAAGACAGCCACAGCUGUGGCGCACUGCAAACGGAGAAAUGGGCUCAUCAAGGUGAACGAACGUCCCCUGGAGAUGAUCGAGACGCGCACGCUGCAGUACAAAUUACUGGAGCCUGUUCUGCUGCUGGGCAAGGAGCGAUUCGCUGGUGUGGAUAUCCGGGUCCGCGUGAAGGGUGGUGGUCAUGUGGCCCAAAUUUAUGCUAUCCGACAGUCCAUCUCCAAAGCCCUGGUGGCCUAUUACCAAAAGUAUGUGGAUGAGGCCUCCAAGAAGGAGAUCAAAGAUAUCCUCAUCCAGUAUGAUCGGACCCUGCUUGUAGCUGAUCCUCGGCGCUGUGAAUCCAAAAAGUUUGGAGGUCCUGGUACCCGUGCUCAAUACCAGAAAUCCUACCGAUAAGCCCAACUCAAGGAUCAGGGU